AUGAAAAGAGAUUGCUCUGGUCUCAUUAUAGAAGAGGCUAUGUCUGUUGGUGAGUCAGACGAUGGCACUUUGCCUCAUGUUUCUUAUAGUAGGCUUCGUCUUCGUUGUCCAGGUUGGGGAAGUGAUGAGAUAAUUAGUUUUUUUAAAUACAAUCACUUCAUCACACUUGUUGACAACAAAGUGGUAGCUGAUUUAGGCUUAAAUAGCCAUCAAUUACUGUCAUGUGCUUUUGGCAAAACCAUUAAAGGACCAGUCCCUGAUGCAAUUGCGUCACAGUUUCCUCAGUGGGCUCUUAUAAACGGGCCCUAA